UGUAAAUACAUGUGAAAUAUUCUUACAGAACAAAACUAAAAUGAAGGCUGUUGUUUGAGUGUGCUAUUGCGAAGUGUUAUUCAAAAUCACCUAGUUUAAUGUUAAAGCCGUCGAAUCGUUACAUGAAUAAUUUUAGAUGUAUGACAGUAAAUAUUCAGUAAUUGAGGUUAAUUUCUGUUAGAUGUGUUCACAUGAACACUUCUAACACGUUUCACAGGAUGAGACUUGAACGCACCCCUAGUCCGGACCAGGGGGCGUAGGUUUGACCGGCUUCUCGGAGCCCAGACACAAUGAACCGUCAGACGGUAAGAGGCACGCUUGUUUGGCUAAGGACACUGGCACACUUUUAGCACAUCACCUCUCUAAUUUGUGCCUUUUCUUUGAUGUACUUGGCGUUUUUCUAACUACUAACACUCUGUAUGGCGGUGAAAAGGCUCAACUGGAAACGGUUGCUUCGUCGAGUUUGAUGAAAACGAGGUCUGGAUCAGACAACCGUUAGCCCCUCCUGGUGGAUUUUCGUCGUUAUUUUUUCUUACCAAGCAAACAAAACAAGGCAGAUAACAAUGUCGUUGACUGCUUCGUCUGAUUAUUUCGCUGCUGAGUGCCUGGUGUCGAUAUCCACCGGUCCUGUCCUGCACAGACCCACCCCGGUCGCCCCCGCCAGCCAGCCUGCCACGGUGGGCCUGCUCCCCGGGGAGCCCGAUGGGUCGAAUGAGGACAGGGAAGUGCGCGAGACGCUUAGGCUGGAGGGGGCGAACAUGAUGGCGGUGGCCGGUAUCCUCACCGACCUGCAUGGUAAGUUCCGCCCUAUGUCGGCCUACUCCGAGAGCAGCAACUCCUCGUGCGGAGGGGAGAGCGGCUACACCACGUUGUCCGACCCAACCACCCCCACCAUGACCCCCUCCGCCACGCCGGUGCCCGGACAGCAGCAGCAGCUGAGGGGGGGAGGAGGAGGAGGAGGCGUGGGGGUCCCGCGCUCCCCGGUGAAGCGACACCAGUGCACUUUUGACGGAUGCGACAGAGUUUAUGGGAAAUCGUCCCACCUGAAGGCACACAUCCGGACACACACAGGUACGAGGACAACAACAGUUCUCUGCUAAGUCUCCACAACUUGUGCUCACACGCCCACGCUGUUAUCACACCAUAACUGACAAAUAUGGAAAGUGCUGUCUUUGUACUUUACAGAGUGAACAGAUAUCAGCUCAGUGAUAGUACGCUUGUUCUUUCACAUUUAUCCCUGUAAAAACGUGGUCAAACAAAGAGGGAGAGACAGAAAGACUCCCCUUCCGAGGCUCUGACAAAGAAGUAAACUAACAAAAGAACUGGGCUGGACGUUAAAACCGGUGACGAAGGUCUUCCUCCCGACUGGAUUUGCAUAUGAAAUGAACGUAAGACGAAACCUUCGCGUCGGGAGCAAAGAGUUCAUUGUCGGUCGAAGCCUGUCCUGUUGAUGGCAGCAGUAGUAGCUUCUACUCGCUGUUAUACUGAAGUUUUUCUUUAGGUACAACCACUUUUCUCACCCGUUACAGCCAUUGUUAGUAUCUACAAAGAAGGAAUGAUCGAUAACAUGUUAGAAAAAUCGCGGGAGAAUGAUUGUAAAUGCGUCGCCCCUUUUUGUCUGAUGCACCUUCUUUGCUUUACAAUAACACGAUUCGCAAGUUUUGCAGUACGCCGACCCCACAGGCUGCAUGUGUCGGUUGAUAAUACGCCCACCUGUUGGCGGAGCUCUACCAUUCUCUAAAAAUGUGCAUGUGAUUUUGCUCAGAAAGAGGAGAAUUGGUGCGUUCAGGGUCACUGAGCAGGCGCAAACGGAUUAAGGACAGGAAACGGCUGAAAGAAACUGUGGUGGGAACGCCCCCAGCGAGUUCUGCAACAACAACGUGGCCUGGCUUUGUGAUCUUGAAAAUGGCACCGAGUAUCCUGCUCUCUUAUCCUGAUUUUACUCAUGGUGCCUGUCAGAGAUUAAGGCUAGUAGUAGUUUAGGGCGACUAAUCUGAACCAUCUAAAUCCUGGAUAUAUGUUUUGUCACGUAUUUAACAAUCUAGAGAUGAGUAUUUUUGAUUGAACCUCGUUUGAUAGAAGUAAUCCAGGCAGAAGAUUAAUCUCUCAUCUGGGUAUUUAACACUUUUGGUGUAAACCUGUGUGAAAUAAAGUCAUCAAAAAUCAAUACAUUUAAGACAUCAGCUGAACAAAGACAAGCACAAGGAAAUCAACCUGCUUUAGAACUUGUUUUUUGUAAUUGAUUUGAAGACAGGUAACAAUAUUAGUAAGACAAAAUACAGAGAAAGAAUAAGAUGUUCAAGAAUAACUGAAAAAUGGUAAUAUUAGCAAUCCACAACAGUACAACAAGCUGGGAUUGAAUACAUAGAAAAUGAUUUGGUAUAAACUCAAGGUAGAAUUUCCCUAUAUAAAUGUUAAUAUAAUUGUACAACUUUCAAACCCUCCUUGAGUUAAUAAUGAUUUGUUGAUGUUGAAUUUACAUAAUACUAAACUGUUUUAUUCUCACUUCUCUGUCAGGUGAGAGGCCCUUCCCGUGCACCUGGCCCGACUGCAAGAAGAAGUUCGCUCGCUCCGAUGAGCUUGCUCGCCACACCCGCACCCACACAGGGGAGAAACGCUUCCUGUGCCCACUGUGCGACAAGCGCUUCAUGCGCAGCGACCACCUGAUCAAGCACGCCCGCCGUCAUCCAGACUUCCAGCCCUCCAUGUUGGGGCGCAACAAGGGCUCCUCUUCAGGCCUCAACAUGCACCAUUAAAAUGGUUUGGGCCAAGGAGCACAGAUGGUCACAGUGGUUUCAAGUUAACCAGCUACAAUCAGAUCCAAUGAUUAGGGUUUAGUAUGUCUGUACUGAACAAAAAAAAAAAAAAGUGCACACACCACAUGUACACAGGCCAACACACACACACAGCUGGAUGUGAGGGGAUGUAGCCUCAUCUCUUUAUCCACAUGGAUGAGUCUUGACCACUAUCCACCGACUCAACAUAACUAGGGUUGGGUCUCAGGACAGUUCUGAGAAGACCUGGUGAUUGUUAAGAAAUGUGCUUUUAGAUUCCACUUAUCAAUUCCUGAAGGUAAAUUUUGGACCUACUUCUCUUCAUUUACUAUGCCGGUUGCAUGUGUUUAAAAGCAGGUGUGUAAUGUUUACAAAAUGCAGGACUGACUGGAGCCAGCUUUAAAAUGUGUGGCUAUGCUUCUAUUAAGACAGUAACGAUGCAGUGAGAUGCAAUUGCUGCACAAUAAUUGAUAUAUGCAAGCCAAUGAAAAGAGCCAGUCUGAUAUGACCACACAUUGUAAAAUUAUGUCAGAAUGCAGCAUUUUGAAGCCUUAUAUGAAGACAUGAUGAAAUGAAAUGAACAGGGGAUAUUUUUUAUAAUUCAAAUAGACGGAUGGGAAUAUUUUCAAUGGCUCUCUUGAAAACUGGACAGAUUAAAGUACUACAUCACAUUGAUGCAAAUAAUUCUGUAAAGCUGUAAACGCCAUAAUGCAGUCCUGAUGAUUGGUAACAUUACCUACGAUUACAAUAUCUUGAAAAUCUGAGUCUGACAAUGAGGCGCAGCUCAGAACAUUUUCUUUUUUAACCAAAAACAGAAUAUAAAGUAGUUUGUCAUCGAUUACCUGUUGAUGGCAGCCUACAACGUAUGAGAAUAAAUGUGUUUUUGCAUUUCAACAUAGUUGCUUUUUAUUUCUUGCUCAGGAUUUGAUUGGAUAAGGAAUCUUAAAGCAGAUUUCAUCACUAAAAAGAAGCCCAGCCCUAUAUAACCUCACUAUCUCAUACUGAAACACUUUCACAAAUUGCAGGGAUUUUUCACAUUAUCUGUAAUCUGCACACCAUCAUCAGCCAAAACUCCCCUGUUUUCUUGUCCAAUUUGUAGAUUGUUGUUGUGCUCUUGAGUACCAUUUCUUUACCAUGAGUAGCACAAUGUGAUGUUCAGUAGCGAGGCAGUGACUAGAAGUCUUUUGACUUUUUUUUAAAUUAUUACUCUUAGGCUUUGCUGAUUCCAUGUAGACAUUUUAGUGGUGAUACAUUCCCUUAUUUUUAUUGCUUUAGUAACCAUCAAUGACGCAAAUUGUUUUUUUUUUUUUUUUGUGCGUGUGUAUUCAAUUUAACUGUAGAUCAAAUAUCAAUUACCUGAAGGUGGCUCAAACUUCACUGUAGAAGAGCUGUUUGUACGGCAACCUUAAGUCUAGAUCAGUUGUUAUUCAGAAAUGCUGACACAUAAUACGCAGUAGUAUUAUGUCUAAUACUGAUGCAAAUGUAUAUAAGCUUUAAGCUUUUAAUGUAGAAAAAUGGCAAUGCUACUAGCAGGAGAAUUAAUACAUGUGAUGAAUUGUAGUCCUUAUAUUAGGGGUAAGAGUAUACGCUUGAUAGGAUGGCAUUGCUUGUGAGUGUCGGUGUGUAUGUGCUUUUAUUUACCUUUUUUUUUUUUUUUUUUUUUUUACUGGUCUGGAGGAAGUGUGUAUGCAAUGGUAUCAAAAUACUCUAGGGAAAAUAGACUUUCAGUCUACUGCCUUCAGAAUAAAAGUGUUCAUUCCACUUAUCAGGACAGUAGAGUGCAUUUCAGAUCAGGGAUUAUAGGCAUCGAUAAAACUGAAGUUUGACUCUUAUGUAGGAAACAAGAUAAGUUUAAGAAAAUAAUUAUAUGGAGGAAAUUCAGGAAAUAUAGCAUUGGUAAUCUUUAAAGUAGUGGAUAUAUUGCCAAACCACAGGUAAAAUUAAUACUAGGAAUAAUGGCUCAUUUCUCUGUAGGUGCGUAAAUAAACCAGCAGUUUAAACAAUAUAAAGGUGAUAGACACUUUAGAGACAAUACGGUCAGUAUAAACACUAUUCAUUAUGCCUGUGUUUGAGUCAACAUGUCCAUUCUGAUAAAGAAAUGUUAAUAUGUUGGUAUCAAAAUAUUCUGUCAGCCAAAAUGUUCAAAAAUCUGUUUGUGUUGCUACAGAAAACUCAGCAAUCUAGAUGUUUAAUCUGCAUUUGAGUACACACAGUGUCGGGGUCUGGUUGUAGAGAGCUUGAAUUGUUAUUUUCUGUGUUUCCACACUGUUUGUCCAGGACACGGACACUUUCCUUUAUCUCAGAGAAAAACACUUCUUCUUCAGGAAAAAUCUGAAAGCCUUAAACUAUGUCAUUACUACUUUGCACCAUGUUUACAGUUGGAUCAUUGUAUAGGUUUAUAUGCCUACCUGUGGGCUCAUUACAGAUACUCAUUAUGCAAUGCAGCACUUUUUUUCUUACAGUUGUGUUUGGCUGAAUAGUGUAUUGGCUUGCACUGUUACUAUGCUUCUUCAAGCGAGCACUGUGGAACUUUGCUAGUGUGUUGAUAACCAAUGGUUUGUAAAACUGCCUUUUUUUUGUCCAAGUGCUUUAGAGGGCGUGAUAAAAGAACUGGCUAGUCUUCUUUUUAUUUUGAUUAUUUUAGUAUUUGCUUAGUCAUCCAGGCCAUCUCUUAUUGUGGAAUGUGUUCUCUUUUGUUUUCUCAAAGGUAAAAUGCUUCAUUUGUCUUUCCAGAUCUUUUGUUUGUCUCCUCCAGUAGAAAGUCUGUAUUCAUCAACAUCCACCUUAACAUUUCUGAAAGGAGCUUUUCUUGUACACAAUUUUCUUCAGGAUUUUGAUCUGUUUACAGUUUCGGGGUUGCUGCUGGCAGUAAUCUGGAACGCUUGGACUGCUUAACGAAAGGGACACUCUUUCUUUUUUUUUUUUCCGGUCUGUCUUCAAAUGGACAUAUCCUCUCUUGUCUCCUCUCUUGGACAGGAGCUUCUCCUCACACAGACUCUGUCCGGGUCUCAAAGCUAUAAAAUCACAAUAAGAACAUACCUCACUCAUUUUGUUUGCAGAGUCUGUACAGAAUCCAUCCAUACUGUCUCUCAGAAAUAUAAAGCCACUGAGCCUUGGAUUUCAGAAAUGUGUUUUUAUCACCUAGAUGGUCUGUUGUAUAUCCGUAUCUUCCUCAUGUCUCUAUAUGCAAGAUCACUACUACCUGUGUAGCAGCAGAACUUCCUUCUCCCUGCCUCUGUAAAGUCUUGUCAGUAGACAGUAGCAAAUGGUCUCCUGGAUAAAUCAGCCUCUGUCUCUCGAGCCCAUCAGGAGUUGAGGCACCAUGGGAAAGUCAGUGUGGGCUCAGGCAGAGGCUUAAAAUGGGUAUUAAAGUAAAAAAAUAAUACCUACAGGCUGUCACCUCACUGCAGAUUCAAUUAAGAGCUCAGUCCAAAUCUUUUUGUUCAUAUCACUGAAUGUGGUUUGAUGUCAGACGAGCGUUAUCCACUUUGGAUUUCAUUUUUUUUCGCUGCCUCGCUGAGAAAAAAAAAUACUGCAACGAUCACCACACUAAGUCAGAUAUGCACAUUGUACAGAGAUGGAUGUUUUUUAAAUUGAUGCCUAAUUUUUACAUUAAUGUAAUUUUUAAAACUCCUCUUAUCAAAGCUUUAGUCGAGGUAAAGAGGAGGAUCUGUGGAACUAAAUACCUGCUGCAACAAGCUGUUUUGAUAUUUAUAUUCUCAGGUGUCUUCAAUUUUUGAGCAUUGGACUUUCAAUAUUUCCUGUUCAACACCUAAGUACAAGCAUGUUUUAUUUUCCUUUUUGAUUAAUUUAUUCCAAAAAAGUGUAUCAUUUGUGUGGUUUAAUUAUUCUUUCAUAACUCAUUUUGUGAAAUGGAACAGUACUAAUAUUAAAUGGUUCCAUUGUUUGCUUGACAUGAAAAUACCAUUGCUUUUUUUUUUUUAAAGAAUAAAAAUCUUAAGUUGAU